AUGUUGAGGGUCGGAUCACAGGGGCCGCAUGUCGGACUGAUCCAGGCCAGUGAUUCUCCCCGGACUGAGUUCUUACUGACCAACUACACUCAACCCAAAGAGCUGCUGUUUGCCAUCAAGGAGCUGGUCUACCUGGGAGGAGACACCAACACAGGUAAAGCCAUCAUGCACGCGGUGGAGACCUUCUUCGGCCAGGACAGCGGGGGCAGGCGGGGUCACCCUCGGGUGCUGAUGGUGCUGAUUGACGGCUGGCCGUCCGACGACCUGGAGCAGGCGGCCAUGUUGGCCAGAGAGUCCGGCAUCAACGUCUUCCUGGUGUCUGUGGCCAAACCGGCGCCUGAGGAGCUCGCCAUGGUGCGAGACAAGGACUUUGUGAAGAAGGCCGUGUGCAGAGACAACGGCUUCUUCAGCUAUCCGAUCCCCAGCUGGUUCAGCACCACCAAGCACGUGAAACCUCUGGCUCAGAAGCUCUGCUCGCUGGACCGCCUGCUCUGCAGUAAAACCUGCUACAACUCGGUGAACAUCGGGUUCCUCGUCGACGGUUCUUCCAGCGUCGGGGGGGGCAACUUCCAGCUGGUCCUGGACUUCCUGGCGGCUGUGGCCAGCAGCUUUGAGGUGUCGGACGUGGGCGCUCGCAUCGGUGCGGUGCAGUUCACCUACGAUCAGAGGCUGGAGUUCGGCCUGUUUGACCACCCCAACAAAGAGGACUCCAUCACCGCCCUGAGGAGGAUCCCCUACAUGAGCGGAGGAACGGCCACUGGAGCCGCCAUCAGCUACACCACCCAGACCCUGUUCAGGCGGGCGGGACCAGGACGGAACUUCCUCAUCGUGGUGACGGACGGCCAAUCGUAUGACGACGUCAGACUCCCCGCGGCGGCGGCACAGACACAAGGCAUCACCAUCUACUCGGUGGGCGUGGCCUGGGCGCCCCUGGACGACCUCAGAGCGAUGUCAUCAGAGCCAAAGGAAAGCCACACCUUCUUCAGCCGGGAGUUCACCGGCCUCGCCGAGCUGGUCCCUCCGCUGGUCAGAGGGGUGUGCAAGGACUUCACAGAGAACAACUAGCAACACACACAACAAAGAAGGAUACAUAUAUAAACCAAAUGUGUAUAUACAUGUAUAUAAAAUGUACAUAUAUAUGUAGAAUUAUACUUCAUUCAUAAAUAUAUAACCAAGGAGAUUAUUAUCAACGUAGAAACCAAAAUCUUUCACUUUUCAAUAAAUAUUCCAGCGUUUGAUUCUGUGAUCAAAUGUAUUUUACAAAAUAAAAGUACAACAAAGAAACUACCAGAAAUAUUCAAAUUUGUAUUUUCUGGAUUUGUAUCUGGAUUCAAAAACUUUGCUGACAUGAUUUUGUUCAUUUGAACCAGCUAACUUAAAAAGAGCCACAAUCAGCGCUGAUGUUUUACUGCAGGUUCAAAGGGUCAGAGUUAAUGUAUUUAACAUGUUGGACCUUAUAAUAAACUGCAAAUUAAACAGAAACACAUUGGAUACUGUAAUUAUGGCUUUAAUAUCUUUAUUAGAAGAGAACCGUUCUUCUUAUCAGAUCGUAUUGUGUUCAUGCAACAGAUUUCUCCUUCCAUCUAUUCUGGAAUCAUGACAUAUUUUCUUGUAUUAUUUUGGAAUUGUGAGAUCUUUAGCUUGUAUUUAGGAAGAACCCUCUAAGGCACGUUUGAAGAAAACAUGUAGGUAUUUAUCUGGCUUCGUCAAAUAAAAACACUAGAAUGAACAAUCGGACGGAAAUGAGCUGCUUGGAUUUAAUAAAAACAACUGUUUGUGCAUUAUA